UUUUUUUUUGUCAUCGGAAGAAAAAGAAGAAAAAAAAAAACGUUCACAUUAUUUUGUCCAGGCUCGCCCUGCGUUUAGAGAAAUGAACGCGGAAAAACUUUAUGUGCCCGGCUGCGCAAGAGAAGUGAAGUGACAGUGGGUGAGAUUAUACACGGAGUCUCUGAGCUCCCCUCUUGCUUUGAAGAUUAGAGGGUUGUCGACGUCUGAAGGACAUUAAGAACUGGAUUAGGUAUUGUGCGGUGUAACCUACUUCUCAUCACUCCUACAUCUUGUCCUCUGAAUAUUUGCGCAAUGACCUUUGGUGCACUUGGAAUACAGCGGGUGCGUCCGUGAGGUGUGUGUGAGUUUGACUACAGGGCAAGAUGUGGUGUGAUCAUAGGAACUCAAUUCAGGUGGGCAGGCAAUAAAGCUUGACAGAAGAUGCGACGGGGGUGGUGGCUCGUCAGAUGGCUGGGGACAGGAAUGGCAAUCCUCUCUUUGCUGACCCACAGCUGGGGCCAGGACACAGAAGAAUGUAAGCUGUCCCGGCCAGGCCCCCCGGCAACCAUAGUGACCAUUGAUGAGGAGAGCCCCAACGGUACAGUUUUGGUGGAAAACAUGCAGAUAAAUGGCCGUGCCCAAGACCCCGGCAGAACCAUCUCACUGACGUUGCUCGACAACUACAACUACUGGGUGAUACUGGAACCAGCACGACAGAGGCUCUACCUCAACAGCACUGGGCGCAUUCUGGACAGAGACCCACCCAACUACAUCACCACCAUCGUGGUUCAGGUCCAGUGCACCAAUGAGCUGGUUGGUACUGUCAUUUUCCACGAGGUGCGGAUUGUUGUGAGGGACAUGAAUGACAACACCCCUCGCUUUCAGCAGCCACGCUACUAUGUUGCCGUCAACGAGCUCACACCAGUUGGAACGACCAUUUUCACCGGCUUCUCAGGAAGAAAUGGAGCGACGGAUAUUGACGACGGGCCCAAUGGGCAUAUAGAAUACGGCAUCCUUUACAACCCCAAUGACCCGGCAUCGAACAGAACAGUGAUGGUUGCUAACACCCUUUCAGGACACAUUAUUCUGGCAGAGAGGCUAAACUAUGAGGAGAGAACUCGCUACCUGGUUUUGGUCCAAGCCAAUGACCGCGCUCCAUAUCCCCCCAACAGGCAAACUGCCACCACGACUCUGACUGUGGAUGUUCUGGACGGAGACGACCUGGGCCCCAUGUUCCUGCCUUGCAUUUUGGUGAACAACACCCGUGACUGCAACCCCCUCACCUAUCGUGUUGCAAUCCCUGAAUUCACUGAACCGAGCAAACUGAACCCACUGAAUGUGACCCCUGCAAUCGGGGCCGUGGACAUGGACAGAAACAUACAACCUCCAUCAGACAGACCUAGAAUCAUUUACUACAUCUUGGUUGGUCAUCCCGUCACAUUUCCAGAGUAUUUCUCGCUAAAUAGAACCACUGCAGAGCUGCGUGUCCUGCAGCCUAUCAGCAGGGAUUUGUAUCAACGGUUCACUCUCAUCAUCAAGGCUGAACAGGACAACGGUCACCCCCUCCCAGCCUAUGCUGACCUCAUUAUCGAAAUCCUGGAUGAGAACAACCAGGCACCAUAUUUCCAGUUUGCCACCUAUCAGGGCUACGUGAGUGAGUCCUCCCCAGUGGGUACGACUAUCUCAGCCAGUGCCAACCUCACUGCCCCACUCGGAAUCAUCGCUCUGGAUAAUGACAUUGAGGAGACGAAAGACCCCAUGGUGAAGAUUACCCUGGAUGACUACGCCACGAUCUUCAGCCUGAACCCAACGGGGAUAAUCCGCCACCUGAGGCUCAUCAAACCUGUGGACCGGGAGAAGCAGAUGGCCUAUACCUUCACGAUGGUGGCAUCAGAUGGCGUCCAGCAGAGCAUCCCAGUAACUGUCAACAUCCUGGUCAUUGAUGCCAAUGACAAUACGCCCAUGUUUGACGAGGUCUCCUACAGCGUUGAGGUCUUCACAGACAUGCAGCUGGGGGAAACGGUACUACAGUUAACGGCAACAGAUGCUGAUGAGGGACUGAAUGGUCUGGUGACCUAUGAGAUACUGGCUGGUGCCCAGGGACAUUUCAUCAUUAGUAAUCGCACUGGACGCAUCACUGUGGCGCCUGGUGUCACUUUAACAGUGGGCCGGUCUUACGCGCUCACUGUCAAGGCCUUUGACAACGCACCAGAGACCCAGAGAAGGAGCUCCAUCACUACAGUGUACAUUGAGGUUUUGCCCCCCAACAACCAGAGCCCCCCACGCUUCCCUCUGCUCGCCUACAACCUGGAAGUCAGCGAGGCCAUGAGGAUAGGAGCUAUUCUGCUCAAUCUGCAGGCCACAGACAGAGAAAACGACCCGAUCACGUACCGCAUAUUGAGUGGGGAUUCCCAGAAGGUCUUUAACCUCUCUGAAACGAUUGGCCUGCUGCUUCUGAGAGAGCUUCUGGACAGAGAGACCACAGAUCAGUACCGUCUGAUUGUCACAGCCUCCGAUGGGUACCCUGGAGGGACAUCCACGACUACUGUGAACAUGGUCGUCACUGAUGUCAACGAUAAUGACCCAGAGUUUGACCUGACCAUACCCACUAAUUUUACAGUCCAAGAAGAAGAGGCCAAUGUGUUUGUUGGACAAGUCAUGGCCACAGAUCCAGAUGCAGGGGUUAAUGGCGAGGUGCGCUACCGAAUCGUGACUCAUCCAGACUUGUUCUUAAUCGGUGCUAAUGGUAGCAUCUACACUAGAGUGCCUCUCGACCGAGAGCUUCGGAGCCAAUAUGACCUGGUGGUCGAGGCCUCAGAUGGGGCAGUGGAUCCACGGAGAACCACCUUGACCCUCUCAAUCCAGGUCACGGAUAUCGAUGACAACAGCCCAGUCUUCUCCCAGCAAACGUAUGUGGUCAGCGUACCUGAGAACAGCCCAGUGGGAACUGUGGUCCUAAAGCUAAGCGCGGUUGACUCAGACCUCUUCUCCAAUGUCACGUAUCGGAUCAAGACUGAAUCCGCCAGGCUGCUGUUUUCUCUGAACCCCGUCACUGGGGAGUUAGCUGUGCUGCAGACCCUGGACUUCGAGGACCUGGCCGCGAUGGGCAUGGGGGCCUCUUUCACUUUCCAGGUGGAGGCUGUCGAUCAAGGAGGGGUCGUGCCCCCAGGGCAGGCUACCGUCACGGUCCGCAUCACGGACAUGAAUGACUUCUCCCCCAUCUUUACCCAAGAUCUGUAUAAGGGCUUGGUGGCGCCCAAUGCAGAGAAAGGAACUGUCAUCACAACUGUUUUUGCUGAGGACCGAGACCCACCAGGUACUCCGGCCAGUUUUGUCCGCUACACAGUGGACCUGGGCAGGUCACCGUACAGUGGGAGCAUCUUUGAUGUGGAAGAGGAGACUGGAAAAGUCAUCACUAAGGUCAACCUCAAUGAAGAGCCCAGUGUCACCUUUCAGUUGUUUGUGAUAGCCUAUGAUGAUGGGGAGCCUGUGAAGUCUAACAGCUCUUUGGUGGAGAUCACUGUUCUCCAGCCUUCCCGCAUCCCGAUCUUCACCCAGGAGGAGUACAGGUUUCCUGUGGUUAGUGAGCUGGCUCCAAUUGGCACAGUGGUGGGGACUAUUCUAGCUGCCGCUGUCAAUCAAACCAUAUUCUACUCCAUUGUGGCAGGAAAUGAACUAGGUCAUUUUCGGGUGAACAACAGGACCGGCGUCAUCUCCACAGCUAAACCUUUGGAUUAUGAAAAUGUGACCAGCUAUGUCCUCCGGGUCCAGGCAGACUCUAUGCUGGUUGUCAUGUCCAACCUGCGGGUGCCUUCUAAAACGAACACAGCCAAGGUGUUCAUUGAGGUGCAGGAUGAGAAUGACCACCCUCCCGUCUUCUCCAGGAGGCUCUACAUAGGCGGCGUGACGGAGGACAGCAAGAUCUUCAGCUCUGUGCUCAAGAUAGUGGCCACUGAUAAGGACACUGGGAAUUACAGUGAGAUGGCAUACCGCCUGAUUAUCCCACCGGCACCGGAGGGCCAGGACAGCUUUGUCAUCGAGACAUAUACAGGUGUCAUCAAGUCGGCCAUCAUGUUUCGAAAUAUGCGCAGGUCCUACUUCAGGUUUGAAGUUAUUGCCACAGACGACUAUGGAAAAGGUCUCAGCAGCAGUGCUGCAGUGGUGGUUUCCGUGGUCAACGCAUUGGACAUGCAAGUUGUUGUGUCCACUGUCCCACCCACUUUAGUGGAAGAACAUAGAGAGCAGCUCAUUAGUAUUUUGGAGCGCCACGUCCAGGACCAGAUUCCAGGUGCCAAAGUGAUUGUUGAGUCAAUCGGGCCACGUCGUCAUGGCGAUGGCUUUGAACUAGAGGACUACAGUAAGUCGGACUUGAUGGUGUACGCCAUUGAUCCGCUCACCAACAGGGCCAUUUCACCCAAGGAACUUUUCAAAUUUCUUGAUGGGAAUGUGCUGGAAAUCAACAAGGAGUUUCAGCCAUAUCUGGGUGAGGGUGGCCGCAUUUUGGAGAUCCGCUCCCCAGACAUUGUGGCCAGUGUGAAGAAGGCGGCCCAAGCUGUGGGCUACACAGAGGGAGCUCUCCUGGCCCUGGCCAUCAUCAUCAUCCUGUGCUGCAUCCCUGCCAUCCUCAUCGUCAUGGUCACCUACAAACAGUUCAAAGAGCGACAGGCAGAGUGUGCCAAAACUGCCAGGAUUCAGAUGGCUUUACCACCGGGAGGGAAAGCAGUUCCGGCGGGGGCUCCCAGUGCCAACCUGUACGAGGAGCUGGGCGACAGCAGCAUCAGGCGAGGCUACGGCAGACAGGAACUCUCCAUGGAGUCAGGUAUCGACCCAGGCCAGGAUUACAACACACAAGACUACUAUAAUUACGACCAAGGGUAUGACAUUCCUCAGUAUGGCAGUCGGAGGAGGCUGAUAUCUCCCAUGUACGAUGAAUAUGGAGAGGUCAUCAUGGAAGAUGAUGGGUAUUUCUACAGUCCUCACGGCCCUGAGGGCCGGGGCAGAGGACGUGGCCGAGGUGCACCCAAAAGGGUUGCAUUUAGGGACAUGCCGCCAGGGGAUGAAAUCGAACAAGCUGAGCCAGCAGAGGGGAGCGAGCCUUCUAAGGCUGCCAAGAAACUGAAAUCUGUCAUGAAACUCAGCAAACUCCUGGCAGCCAGCAAGCAGCUGUCUGAUGCUGGUCCUUCUGGCACUUCUCCAUGGAAGAAAGCCAAGAUGCUCAAGAUGUUUGGUGCUGGGAAGAAGGACCAGGAUUACGCCAAACUAAUGUCAGCCCGCCGCAUUGACAGCCAGGAGAGUCUGAGUGGCGUACCAGUAGUUUUGGGACCAAUCGAUAGCAAGUCAGAUACCCGCAGCCGGCUUGGCAAAGUUUUAAAGAAAAUCAACUUGGGCAACAAGUUGCAGUUUCGGAGGAAGUCACAAAGUAGUGUGAGUCGUGGCUCGGCCACAGGCAGCGAGAGAGACGAGGAGGCCUCACAAGUAACCAGUGAAGAUGACAAGAAGUCUAAAGUGUCCAUUAGUGUUUCUGAAAGUGAGCCAGAAGCAGGUGCAAGUGGAACUGGAAGCAGUCGGGAGAAAGACUCUGAUGAAGAAUCCUCUGAGAAAAGCAGUGUUGACAGAGAUUAUCUGAAAGUAGAUUUGGACAGGGAUGAUGCCAAUGAAAGCACUGUGGACUCAGAGGAAGAGCCUGAUGAGGAGUCAGGGGACUCUGAUGAGGAAAGCAAGUCCAAAUCUGAAGGAGAAGAAACGGAAAAGGAAUCUGUCAGUGAGAAAUCUGGGACUGAAAAAGAAUCAGAGUCGGAGAAAGAGUCUGAGUCAGAGAAGUCAUCGGCUACAGAGAAAGAAUCAGAAACUGAGAAAGACUCAGAGUCGGAGAAUGAAUCAGAAACUGAGAAAGACUCGCAGUCUGAGAAAGAAACAGAAUCAGGAACAGGCACAACAACAGAGAAGGAAACAAGCACAGAAAAGGAUUCAGGGACAGAAAAAGACUCUGAUGAAGAGUCUAAAGAAGGAGAAACUUCAGAGAGCACUAAAGAAAGUGGGUCUUCUGCCCGCUCUUCUCUGAGAUCAUCAGCUACUGAGGCCAGCAAGGGGAGCAACGCUUCAGGCAUCAGUGGGACUGGAACUGAGAGUGGCAGCGGGACUGGUACCAGAGUAAGUGAAAGUGCAAGUGAAAGUGGCAGUGGUAACGCAACUAGUGGGGCAUCUUCAUCUGGCUCAAGUGUUCGGUCUUCGGAAAGGACCAGAUCAUCAGGAAGCGCAGUGGCCUCAGAGAAGUCCAGUGAAGAACUCAGUGAUGGCGAGUCAGGGACAGGGACAGCCAGUGAGGCAGAGUCAGAGUCAGGGACAGGAAGUGAAGGCUCUAUGUCUCGAGGGUCCAGCCAGAGGAAAAUGUCUGGGUCAGAGUCCGGUGAAGGCUCUUCAUCCGGCACUCAGAUGACAGACCAAAGUUCCCUGAGAAGCGAGGAGAGUUCAGCUGGAUCCCGCUCCACCAGUGGCAGCCGCCAUUCCCAAAAAUCCCUUCUGAGCCGCAGAUCUGAGGACACAAUCACAGAGGAGAGUGAAGAAGAGCAUGAGGAAGAAUCUGAGACUGCUGACGAGAGCAAAGAGUCAUCCAGUGAGCUCAGUGAUGACGCAUUGCCCUCGAGUUCCAGUGUGGCGUCCAGAGACCCUGGGCCCUCUGCUUCCUAUACUGGUCCACCAUACAGCUCCGAGAUCAGGAGCAUCGGUGACACCUCUGUUGAAACAUACGGAGGACUGUCCCCUAUCACUGAGGUGGACGAGGACGCCAUCUCCUCUGAUAAAUCCUCAGCCAGCGGCUCGACAUCAGAGGCCGGCAGUGCUUCGAAGGACUCUGGAGAAACAGAAGCUACGUCGGAUGCAGAUUCUGAAUCUGAAGGAAACUCAACUGCCUUCUAGAGAGAUAUAUUGUCCACUGUGAACCUGGGAAAAAGAAGCGGAUCAAGCUGGUGGUAGAUCGAGAGAAUGAGACCAGCUCCACAG